UUAAACAGUUUACUUUACACAAUUUUUUAAAAUUUGUUUACAAAUAUUUAUUAUAUUUUGUAUUUAAUUAAACUAUUAACUGCAAUGGGAUUCAAAAUUAGCAUUGUACUGAUUUACUUUAUUUAUAUGGCAAACUUAACCAUUUCCGUGAACAUCAAUGAAGAAGUGGAGCAGUUCUUCGCAGAGUCGUCUCCUAUAUUGAAGCAUCAAUCUUCGCUUGCUAGGAAUAACUCCCACUGCCUCCACUUGAGGCCCAACGCCACUGAUGUGGUCCAAAAAGUUUACACCUAUAUGCCAUACCUGGCAGUGAAUAAGACAAAGCUACCGUUCGUGCACCAGUUCCGCUCUACCAUCAUGACUAUGACGAAGAAGGGGACCCCUCAGGACCAAGAGGCGGCUUUCUUGGCUUCAGUCCUGACUCCGAUCAUAUUCCUCCAACACCACAAGGAUACUUGGUGCCUUAUGGAUCGGUUCCAUCGCGCUUUAAGGUUUUUCACCAUUUCUUCGGGACCCGAGAAGACGUCAUCUCUCCAGAUCUUGCAAAACUUGAGAAGCAUCAAUCAAAAGAUUCGCUCAUUUAUCCGUGAGCUGGAUCAGCCAGAAGCUGUCGACAUGGCGGGAGACAGCAACCACUUGGUGCUCGGGUUGGCCGCUAGACUCUGACAUUGUACGUAUUUUUAUAGAAGAAAAUUGUUUACGUUUACCUUCCGUGCGUGUGAUAAAUUACGAUAAAACGAAUGUUGUGUUACUAUUGGACUUCAAGUCUUCAAGUAAAGUGUUUCAAAAUAAAUCAACCGAAAUAAUUUGA